CUGAGGUAACGGGCGCGGGACCUGACACGACGCCCUAACCGCGGGCCGGGCCUGUCCCCGUGCCCGCGCCGCCCGGACCCCGGCUUCUUCCGCCCCGCUUCAUCCUCCCUCCCAACGGAGCCGACGAGGACCGGCCGGGAGGAGGACGACGGACAACGCGGGCCAGAGCGGACGGCGGGCAGCUCCUAGGACAUGGAUUCGCGUGAGACCCCCCUGGCGCAGCGGAGCCCCCCUCAGGGUGAGGCUGGGACCCCCGAAGACGCCACCCUCCCGCCCGGCCCAACCCCUGGCCGCUCGCCCACCUGCGCCCGCUGCCGGAACCACGGGCUCACCGUCCAGCUCAAGGGUCACAAGAGGCGCUGCCUGUUCGAGGCCUGCAAGUGCCAAAAAUGCAUGCUCAUCCUGGAGCGUCGCCGCAUCAUGGCCGCCCAAGUAGCUCUGAGGCGGCAACAGGAGUCGCAGUUGAAGAAGCACCUGUCCGCAAGACUGCUGAAGGGUGGGGGGUCCCCGGUCGCAGCCUCUCCUCUCGUGAAGAAGGAGCCCGACCAGCCGGGAACUCCCAAAGCCGGGAAAGAGAAUGUGAAACCCUAUCCGGAAAACCCCCAGAGAAGAUUCUUUCUUCAGGCGACCUCACCGCCUACCCUGUUACCUGCCUUAAAGGAGAGCUCCCACAGACCCCUCCUGCUCAGCUGGUCCACGGAGGCCGUCCCAGUGUCAUGGCGUCCGGCCCCCGCAGGCCCCUGGGUCCCAGGCCACUGGGUCCCGCCUGCCAUUCCUGGGCUGCCGCCUCCCAUGCUCUGUCGUCUGGUCUGUCAGGAGCCCUCACUCCAUCUGCAACGGUUUUCUGGCUUUGAAACCAGUUCUUCUAUCCUGUUGCCAGUCCAAGGGCAUUCCUCGUCCUCUGUAGGUCCACGCCAACUUCUUCCUCCUCCAGCUAGAGGGGAGCCCUGCUACUCCCCUUCUCCAACUCACAGAUCCUCAACCUUGAUUCUUCAGUCCCGUGAUCCUCCAGGUCCACUGCAGAUGCAACCCCAGAUCACCGAGACCUCCUCCCUGGCUUGGUCCUCCGCCCAGGCCAACGAGCACGAGUUGCAGCGGGAAGCGGCUGAAGCCCUGAUGGUACUUAGAGACUCACCCCAGCCGUCCAGCCUGCCUUCUCCUUCCCAGGCCUCCCUCGCCCCAUCCGUGCCCUCCAACCCCGGCUGGCCGUCUCGGCUCCACCCCUCUGCGCUGCCAGAGCCAGCCGGAGGAAGAGGACGCCAGAGUUCGGAUCCUGUGCUGCGCCCCAGUGCAACCCCCUCUGUGGCCCUGCACAUUGGUCGUCUUGGCUCCAUCUCCCUCCUGAGUUAGGAUCCCUGUUGGAUGGGCGGGGGGAGGCCCACUUUUUACACAACCUGAAAGCCAGGGGCUUCUUUUAACUGAGGCAAUAUAUAGGUACUUAGGAAUGAGAGCUGAGUUGAUUGGUGUUUUAACAAGGGGUGUUUUAAUGAGGUUCACUGUUUGGGAGUGGCCUCUUCUGAUCCCCAAGGGGUUUUAGAGUCAGGGUUUUCCUUUCCUUGUUCUUUUCUUCUCCUUCAUUCCUUAAGGCCUUUCGGUGCUAUUGGAAAAUAAAGUUGCGAGACCUGCACUAGAAA